CAGCUGCUUUCCUCUUCACGCCAGAAGUCCCUAUCCCCUCCGAUGGCGCGAGGUCGCGAACAGGAAUAGCCUUGGUCUCUCCUCCAAUGGGGCAACGACUCACCGGCUGCCUCGCUUUAGAGCCCGAGAUCUAUCCAACCCACGAACGGGAUCCUGAUGCCCAUGGCGGCCUCGGUUCUUCUUGCCGCACCGGCUACCUCGCCCCCGCUGACGUGGCAGAGAUGGGCUCCUCUUCUUGCCCCGUCCAAGAAGCCCACCGCCAUUGCCGUCCCUAGGCACGCUGCGGCGCCGCGCAAGUCUGACGGUGGCGGCAAGAAGCAGCUCAACCUGUUCCAGCGCGCGCCGGCGGCCGCGCUUGACGCGUUCGAGGAGGGGUUCGUGGCCAACGUCCUCGAGCGGGCCCACGGGCAACCCAGCACAGCCAACCCGGCUGUGCAGAUCGCCGGCAACGUCGUGCCCAUCGGGGAGAGGCUGCCCGUGCGCAGGCUCCCCGUCUCCGGCCGCAUCCCGCCCUUCAUCAGCGGCAUCUACGCGCGCAACGACGUGAACCCCUGCUUCGACCCCGUCGCCGGGCACCACCUCUUCGACGGCUCUGCCUCAAAGUUGCAGCCUGCUACACUGGAGCUCUGUUCGGUCGCACCCCUCGGGCCCCAACCACGGCAGCAAAACCAUCCUCACCGGUCCCCUCCUCCUUCCCCUCCCGCAGUCCAGCAAGCAGCAGCAUGACCCUCUCCCCCGCGUCUCCAACUACCUUGGGCACCGCCAUCGCCCUCAACGGUGAACCCGCCCAACCAGGCAUGGCCGCCGGAUCAGGUGCGACCCGACCACCGGCUAAUCAGCUGCCCUUCCAAAUCUUUAUCUGAAUUCCUGUGUUCAUAUGUUGUAUGUUCUUGGGUGGAAUGAUAACCAUUU